AUGCCUCUACUCUAUGGAGACGAUAUACGCCGGGGGGGUUCGGGGGAUGGCGGCUCACAAGGCCCCGAAUCUGCCCCCGUCCCGAUACAAACACCACCGGGAAUCGCCAGGUGGCAGCACUCCCGCCGUCUUUCAGAAGAAAGCAUCCGGACCGAACUUUGUGAAGGGCCCGUCCCAGAUAGCCCUCCCAGACCAUCCACGCCCCAGGAGGCCGUCUCUCACGCGGUUUGCAAUAGGGCCGAACUCAUCGAGCGGUUGAAGCGAGGCGAGAGCCCGACCUGGGUCCCGAAUCACCACGUACAUCGUGAACCCCAGCCGAGUUUCGGUGCCUCGUGGAUGAGCGAAGAAAAGCUAGAAUCUUUGUUCCAUCAGAAUAAAGGCGCUUCACCACCUAGGACGCCUCAGCUGGCAGGCUCGGGCUCUCCUGGUUUGCUACCUGCGCCCACCAUCACCCCGGACAAGCAGGGCCAGCAAAGUAUCGGCUCACCAUCGCAGGAAGGGUUGAAUAUUGAACGCCCACGGUCGGCCCUCCACAGCGGAAACUUCACUCCGGUAGAGCUGUCUCCACGGUCGGGAGGCACAAAGGACACUAUCUUGCCGGACAGCGAGAUUCAUUUUCCCUCUGCCAACGCUGGAUGGACGGCCACAUCCCCCCCAAGGGACUAUGUGGCGUUCGACUUCGCCAGGCGCAGAGCCGAUUAUCGAAGAGAGGCCUUCAGAUCUGGCCCUCCUUCUUUGAGCUCUUCGCUCUCUUCGAGCUUUGCCUAUCAGCCGCCAACGAGCCCCCUGGUUCAGUCAGAAAGCAACGAGGACCUCGAUUUUACCUUGCCGCUCGAUAAUUUUAACAUAGACGCAAGCAGUCCUCGCAACCCUCGGCGCCAUACCCUCAAUUUCAGUCACUCGCCCUUUGCAAACUCAGCCAGCCACAGGCAGUCACCCCUUCGUCGGGAGAGCACCUAUCCGUACCAAGCACACCAGCCCCGGCGGUCCCUAAGUUCGACCCCAAAUCUCGUCUUCGCCGGGACCUCCCCACAAACGCCCACACCUUUCCGGUCCCGGCGGCCGUCGCUCGGUUCGGAAGCCUCCCUCUUACACCAUGCAUCUAUGGUGGGUUCUUACGAAGAAAGCAUCCUCAGAGGCCGCAUGUCCACCACUCCCUCCAGACCCCUAGAAUUCACGGCACAGAUUGGGGUUCUCGGUCUUGGAAAGUGCAAAGCGAGCCUCCGCUGCCCAGCUCAUGUCACGCUGCCAUUCUCGGCCGUCUUUUACAACUACUCCAGCACAUCCUCCGAGGGAAACAAGGUGGAAGACGGGCCAAGUCCCUACGUUGGCCAGAUUGAUCUCGAAAACGGGUUGCCAAACCCUGAAGAGUCGCAGCGGGCGAAGAGGAAACUGCAAUCUCGGUACCAAGAUCUUAAGAGCACGCUAGAAGAAGGGUCGCGGGCCCGUGAAAUCCCAGCCGAGCUUUCAGACGGCGAUGGGGCCUCCAAGACCACGACGUCUAAGCGGCCCUCCAGAACACCGAGGGCGCCCCCUGGUGGAGGCUACCGCAUCCCGGAGAAGGGCCAGCUACAGAUUGUCAUCAAAAACCAAAACAAGACCGCCGUCAAACUCUUCCUCAUACCGUAUGACCUAGCAGGAAUGGAGCCCGGUACCAAGACAUUCAUCCGCCAGCGCAGCUACUCAGCGGGGCCCAUUAUCGAAACAGGAAUCCCUAAAUACGCCGCGACUCUCGGUUCCGAUCGUCCUACUCUACGCUACCUCCUCCACUUACACAUAUGCUGCCCUUCCAAGGGGCGCCAUUAUCUCUACAACUCCAUCCGCGUCGUUUUCGCCAACCGCGUCCCCGACGGCAAGGAGAAGCUCCGCAUCGAGGUUACUUACCCGGACCCCCGAUUUGCCCCUUACAAGCCAGUGCGCGUGAUGCGCCCGCUAUCGACGAUGAAUAUCCACGCCACCGCCACUGGUACUAGUAUGCCCUCCGCCGCCACCAUGGCCGCAGAGCAGGCCUUCCGUCGGCGCAGCCUGGGCUUCCCCGGACACAGCCAGCACCCCCUCUACCAGCAGCAGCAGCAGCAGCAGCAGCAGCACAACCCCUUCCCCAACCCAGACCAGGAGGACCAUCACCCCCAGGACGCACAGCCCAACCCAUUCAGACGCCUCAACGCCAUCCCCAUCACCCGCCCCGGACAAGGCCACUCCCGCACCCCCACACCAAUGCCAGGCCUAGAGAUGACGGGCGCGUCCAAACCCGAAACAGCAACCUACAGUAAGCUCAACAAAGGCGACAUCGGCUACGGCGGCGUCCGUGGCGCACACCCCAGCAACAAUACUCACCGAUGCGACAACAAUGGCGACAACGACAACCAUUACCCCAACGCCACCGCCACCACAGGAAGUGCAGAACCAGGCGCAGCAACAGAGGGACUCCUCUCCAAACGCCUCCGUUCGCUGGGUGUACAGCACCCUCACAUCCCAGCGCUGCCGUCGUCACCGCCACCGCUGCCACCGCAACCAGAGCAGGGCGGGGCGAGAGAGGUAGAUGACGAGCGUGACAAACUAACUAGGCUGGGUGGGCGGGCGUCAGUUUGGCAAUGA